AGCUGAAUGGCUUUAUGAUAGAAUAAAGAUUCAGAUAUUGACAGAUUACCCUAGCGCUUAGAAGAAGAAUCUCAAGUUUAUAAUUCUGACAUAAAAUUAGCUCUACACGACGGCUUGACAGUUUAGCUACGCCCUGUAACCUAAAAAGAAGUUUGAUACUUCUAAUGCCAGUAAUAAAACAAUUUGACAUUAUGAUUUCCUUGUGUAGGCAAACAGAUAUUGUUUGUUAUCUAAAUUUUAUUGUAGUGUUUUAGCGAUAAUUUCAACAAUAACACUUUCUAUUUGUCAAACAGUGUGGUUAUCGAGUAAUAAUUAUGUGGUGUGGAUAGUAGGUACCUUGUAGGAAACAUGAAAUUUAGAGUGAUGUUAGUCUCUGCCUUAAAAAUUCAAAAAAAUUAUAACCUUUACUUAUUGACAUUGUCAUGACACAAUCAAAAAAGCCGAAACAAUUUUUUUUACAAUGAACAAAAUCUUGACCGUGUCCAAAAUAUUGCCGCGAGGGUUCUCCACAGCCAAGAGUUGCUAUGCGGUGUGUUAUCCCAAGCCGGACUAUGGACCGAUGGAGGUCCAAAGGUCUGAGCUCAUGAACGGAAUCCGGGUGGCCGCAGCUAAACCCGGGGGAUCUUAUAUGGCCGCAUGCACCAUUAUGUUUCAGGCCGGGUCCCGUUACGAGAUAGACGACCAGAUCGGCGCCAAUCACUUCCUCCGAGCCACGGCUUCCUGUACCGGCUGCGCGUACACAGCGUACGCCAAGAACCGCCACCUCCAGCAGCAGGGGGCCAGUCUGACGUGCUCCUCCGACCGGCAGACCAUAUCCUUCACGUUACGCUGUCCGCCGACUUGUUAUCCGGAUCUGAAGUAUUAUCUUCUGGAUGCUGCUACAAGAUGCUGUUUCGCUCCAUGGGAAAUCGAUGACAGAAAAACCUUGAUAAAAGAAGACUUACAACGUAUACCGCCAGAACAAAGAGUAAUGGACCUCCUUCAACAAGCAAUGUGGGCGGGACCUUUAUCAAACUCUAUCUUCUGCGUGGAAGAGAGGAUCGAUGCCAUGACAGAUGACGCUCUGAAUUGCUUCGUGAAGACAAACUUUAGGACUGAUGUGUGUACUGUGGCCAGUAUCGGAGUACCGUUUGAGGAAACGCUCAAGUUGGCUGAGAAAAUUGAGAGCAGAAGGGAACGGCCGAGCCCUCGUUGUGAAAUGAUAUCCUGCGCAAGAGGUGGCUUCGAAUUCCACGACCUUGGCCGCUGCAGUGACACCUGGAUAGCCCUGGGCAUAACCGGGUGUGGCACGUGUGAUAUUUCAACUUUAAUAAAAUACUCCAUAAUCGCUGCAGCCUGCGGCGUUGGUAACGUAUCGAUGGGCCAGCAUGCCAUGGACAACACCCCACAACCCCCUCUCGGCAUGAUGGUGGGGGCAGACCCCUACACGGAGUACAGGGCGUUCAAUAUAUCUUACAGCAAUACUGGUAUCUUUGGUCUAUUGGCAAAAGCCCACGCGGGCCUGGCUUCCUCCGUGGCAGUGGCGGCCGCAGAGUUCCUCGCGAACGUCGGAGACCUUACCUUUAAGCAGAUUGAUAUCGGAAAGAAGAGGCUUAUAAUGAACAUGACUCUGAAUGAGGACAACUGCAUCCUCUCAUCAGAAAGCCUGGCUCUACAGCUGGCUAACAAUGUCCACUUGGACAACUGUGGCAUUUCCAUCGGACUUAUUGAUUCAACGUCUAAUGACGACAUUUGCUGUUUAGCUAAGAAGAUCGCUGCUAUGAGUCCCUGUAUGGCCGUGGCAGUAGUGGGCGACGUAGGAGCAGUGCCGCAUGACCGGUUCCUAGUUUGUGGAACUUAAUGUUUAUUGAUUUUUAAAGUAAAUAAAUGU